CAUUCAGGCAGCUGCAUCCAGGGCCAGCGCCGGCUCCCAGUGGGUGCCUCCUUCCAAGGCUGGAGAGGGAGGCAGAAUGGAGGGCUUCCCAGGUCGGAGCAACCCUACAGGCCGGGCAGGUGGAGGUUAGGGUGCAGGUCAUGUUCUGGAGACCUCCCCUCAGCCUGGAACUGGUUUCUCCUCUGCCUCUCCGCCUGUGGGUGUCCCUGUGCUCUGGUAACACCCCAGGCACCAGCUGUGCCCUCACCAGGCUGCCUGCCCGCCCCUUCCUUCUGCCAUCCCCAUCAGCGGGCUGCUUCAGAGCCACGGCCCUUCUGGGGCUACAGGGGAGGAUGCACCCACAGCAUGCUCUGCACUGAGGAGCAGGCAGUGGGCGCUGAUGCCACCUGUCCUGCCGACAGCUCCUCACCUAGCAAGGCCGACCCAGCCCCGGGUGAAAGAGGAGCGAGUGAGGUAGAUUGGGGAGAGGCUGCACCUUCACCCAUGCCUGCCCACAGCAUGGCCCCUCCACUUCCUGCACGGGCGCUGGGAACUGCUUUCCAUGGAGCCCCACGGCCAUGACCAGCCCGGUGCUGGGAGAGGACGGCCUGGGUGGUGUGUGUCUGCAGACACGAAAAUCUGGGCAUGGGGCCCAGGAAGUGAAUGGCUCAGCCUAGAGUUUCCCCCAGCACUAGAAGCAGAGCUGCCAAGGGCUGCAGCUAUGGAGAACAUGGGAUUUGAGGAAGGCAGGAGUCCUUUCCGUCAUACUUUGUGAGUAGGCAGAUGUGCCAGGGGAGAUGGAGUAAGAUAAGGAAUGUGCGUUUAGCUUUAAUGUCUGUUAAAUAGGUUGGGAAAAACAGGCCGAGUGUGGGGACCUGACUCCUGCAAAGGGCCUACUGCAGCCCUCUGCACUCAAGCAGCAGCCCCAUCCAGACCAGGAGCGUUCUGUUCUCCGGGCAGACGGGGCUGACAGGUGUAGGACGGUAUCUCCUUUGGAGUGUGGGCUGGGGUCAGAGGAGAAACAGCAACUUCCUGCUCCUUCUCGCUGUGUCGUUGGUUCACUGUAGACCACGUCCUGCGUUCCCUCUGAUCCUCUCAUGGGGAGAGCCCUGGACCUUCUGGUGGUGUCCCAGCUGGGUGGGUUCAAGACUGCCACCCUGCUGGGGGCAGCUGGCCCGCAGGGAAGGGCCAGACAGCACCUCUCAGUGGAGACUGAAUCUUCCUUCAGGAGGCUGCCUCCAGGAAAGACCUGGGGUCCUUCCUGCGCUCAGCGCUGGCUGGCUGUCCUGUUCAUGCAGUGGAAGACAUUACAGAAGAAUUCAUACCAGAAGAACAUGAAGCCUGUGGAGAGGGCAGCCUUCAGCAAGCUGGGGGACAGGCCCUUGAAGAAGCCCAGGGCACCUUCCUUUUGCAGCACCUGCUUGGCACAGUCCACGAGGCCCUUGUAUCUGCGCACCUGGGGAGAGGAAAGGGAUGAAAAUACGGAUGUCCACUCUGCUCCCAUCAACACAGCCCCUGGCACAUCACAGCUCUUAAGAAGUACUUGCUGGACAAAGGAAUGAAUGCAAAAGAGCAAAUAUUUUUAUUUUAUUUUUUCAUUGAGGCAGAAUUUCUCUCUGUUGCCCAGGUUGGAAUGCAGUGGCACAAUCUUGGCUCAUUGCAGCCUCCACCUCCCAGGUUCAAGCGAUUCUCCUGCCUCAGCCUCCUGAGUAGCUGGGAUUACAGACACACACCACCACCCCCGGCUAAUUUUUUGUAUUUUUAGUAGAAAUGCAGUUUCGACAUGUUGGCCAGGCUCGUCUUGAACUCCUGACCUCAGGUGAUCCACCUGCUUCAGCCUCCUAAUGUGCUGGGAUUACAGUUGUGGGCAACCAUGCCCAGCUCAAAAUAGCAAAUAAAUUAAUCUCAUUCUUUGUACUGCAAUUAGGUUAAGACUGAAUAGAUGACAGGCCUAGAAAUCAGCAGCUGGACAGAGCUCCUUCCUGCCCAGGAAGAACGGCUGCCUGUGGCUCCAAAGGAUCCAGCAAUGGCUCCGGAACCUCUUCCCAGAGGUGUCUCUGACCCUUCACCUCAUCCCACCUGAUCCCCCUUGGGCAGCAGAUCUGAACCUGGCCCUCAGUAGCUCUCAGCCAGGCCUCCCUGCCUCCAGCUCACCCUCUCCAGCUGACCUCAUGCACUGCUGCCAGACUUUCGUCCCCAGGCACAGCCCUCCUCAGGCCUGGCUUCCCUCCAAAAGCUGCAGUAACUCAUAGUGACAACAUCAUGAGAAAUCAAGUUCAAACCCCAAGAUCUGCCAUUCAAGGCACUGCACCAUUUCGCCUUGAUUUCCCUCCCUGAUCUGACCUCCACUGUCCUCCCACAUGCCCUUCCCACCUCUGGCCAGACUGGAUUACACUAGUCUUCGUUAGCAGCAAGGCCUCCCUCUGCCAUCCUGGGCUCCCACCAUCACUCCCUGUCCAAAUUCAAACUGUCCCUUCAUGCUGGGUGCAGUGGUGCAUGCCUGCAGUUCCAGCUACUUGGGAGGCUGAGAUGGGAGGAUCACUUGAGCCCAGGAGUUCGAGACCAGCCUAGGCAACAGAGUGAUGUCCCAUUAAAAAAAAAAAGAAAGAAAAGAAAACAAACUCUCUCUUUAGGACAAGUUGGUAAGUGGAAAAGGGAGGUUACAAACCUUGUAUACAGUGUAUCCCCAUUUUUGUUAAAAUGUACACUGUAUUUAUGAAAAGAAAUAAAACUACAUUGAACGUU